AUGGCACCGAUACGUCAACAUGGAACAACAUCAACUAGUCCGAGUCUUGCCAAUUACACGUUUGAUCAUCCAUAUUAUGUUAAAGAUCGGGUAAAUCAUCCUGCUACUAGUUUUGGCUCAAUUGGCGCAUCAACCUCUAGUAGUCGUUCAUCUCACACACCGGUAACUGAAUUUCAACCACCAUAUUUUCCACCACCUUACAAUACAUCGUUACAUCAUAAUCAUCAAUUUGAUUUACAAGCGGCUGUUACAUCUGUCGGUGGUAAUGUUCCAUUGGAUUAUGGGUCAUCACCAUUCAAUACAAAUCAUCAUCAACAUCAUUCUUACAGUAAUGAUAGACACAAUUUACUUCGUUCAACUGGAAUGGGUAGUGGAAAUGAUACCCUUCAAAUGCCAGGAUCAACAUUCGGACAAUACGAUAGUCGAGCAUAUGCUGAAUAUGCAUCGUAUUACAGUCGACAUGCAAUGGCCAUUGAUCCAGAAUCAUUACAACUAUAUCGAAAUAAUUUAUUAACAACAGAAAGUCCAUCAAGUUUUAGAGUACCUGGUUUGGACGAAGUAGCAAAUCCAUUAACAGAACAUUACAGAGCCACAUUUCAAAGAGAUUUUCGUCGCCCGGAUACAAAAGAUGGAAUUGCGUUGACAAUAUCUGGCAGUGUUGCUCCAUCCGAUGUAUUUUGCAAUGUUCCUGGACGUUUGUCGCUCCUAAGUUCAAAUUCAAAAUAUAAAGUAACAGUAGCCGAAGUACAACGACGAUUGUCACCACCUGAGUGUUUGAAUGCAUCAUUAUUAGGUGGAAUAUUACGAAGAGCAAAGUCCAAAAACGGUGGACGUAUAUUACGAGAAAAAUUAGAGAAAAUUGGUGUAAAUUUACCUGCUGGAAGACGAAAAGCAGCUACUGUCACAUUGUUAACAUCACUUGUUGAAGGAGAAGCAACUCAUUUAGCUCGAGAUUUUCAUUAUGUAUGUGAUCAAGAGUUUCCUGCAAGACAAUGUGCGGAAUAUAAUGCACGACAUCAUCAUCAUGAUAUAUCUGAGAUAUCGAAACGAAAAGCAAUGAUUCUUGCGUCGAAGCAAUUAGUGAAAGAAUUCACCGAAUUAUUGAGUCAAGAUCGUUCGCCAUUGGGUAAUUGCCGUUUGAAUCCAGUAUUAGACCCAUCUGUACAAAGACAUUUGACACAUUUUUCGUUAAUUACACAUGGAUUCGGUUCACCAGCAAUUGUGGGUGCAAUGGCUGCAUUUCAAAAUUAUAUGACAGAAAUGGUUAAAUUCUAUGAUAAGACAUAUACUAACAACAAUAACAAUAGUGGAGGUGGACAUGUACACAAUGAGAUGAAUAUAGCAAAAAUGGACAAAAAAGAUGAUCGAUGA